CAAGAAGGGUUCGCCCAGAGCAGAUAUGGGGAAAGACCGUCCACUUCUUGUUAAUUCCAUUGUACAUAAGCUAGCUGCGGGUCAGCAGGAGGAGCAGCAGAGGACGCCCUCAGGCUGGUCCUUAAUAUAAAUGAUCAUAAAACAAAAAAAAGCCCAUGUUUGUUUGUUUGUUUAUUUGUUUAUUUUCACAAAUAGAGCAUCAAUAGUGUGUCUCACCCAAGAUAAAAAUGACGCUUAUGUCCGUUAGCUUUUCUUACGGGAAGCCGAUUUGCUCAUAAAACGCUAGCAUUUUGCUAAUGCGUGCUGAUUGGUCGGUUAUUCCUCAGUAGUUCCAGUUUCCAAGCGAUAACUAAAUAUUAGAAAGGUAGGUAAGCCAAAGGAAAACGUUUACCUCGUUAAACUGACAAUGUUGGUUACAAACAUUAGGUGCCUAUCUAGCCAGCGCCCCCUAUGAAACCCCGAAGUUCAAAGAAUGGCAGUUCUUCACUUUAUCAGACGCUCUCUGACUUCAGCAAACCUACAGAAAAAGAUGGCGCUGCCCAUGUUAAGAGGUUGUUUCAGGUUGCAGUCAACAUUUACCUUCAAUCGUCUGUUUUUCAAAGAGCGACUCGUCCUGAACCGGCUCGGUAACAGGCGACUACCUCCCUGUUCUCCCGCCGCUGUCGCAGCAGCGGUCCGUCGCUAUAGCUCGGACCGGGGAGAGCAGAAGCACCAGAAGGUGGUGGUGGUCGGCAUCCCGAACCCCUUCAUCUGGUUCCGCACCCGGAUUUACUACUUCCUCAUCAGGACGUACUUCGACAAAGAGUUCAGUAUAGAGGAGUUCACGGAGGGGGCGAAGCAGGCCUUCUCUCAUGUUUCCAGGCUGCUGUCACAGUGCCAAUUUGAAGCCUUGGAGGGCCUCGUAGCUAAAGACCUGAUUGGGAAGCUGGAAGAAAAGUGCAACCUGCUGCCUUCCGACUAUAAGAAAGCACUGUCUGCAGAGCCCGAUGAGAUCAUGUACACAACCCCUGGGGAUGUGGGAAUCUUCUACGAUGACAAUGGUAGGAAGUUUGUCAGCAUCCUGAUGCGUUUCUGGUAUCUAACGAGCGCGCGCCUUCCCGAAGACUCCAUGGAGGGAACUCGUAUCUUCCAGGUGGCCAUUGGAGAAGGAGAACCAGAGACUAAGAGACUUCUUACUGCAAUUUAUGAAUUCCAGAGGGAGUUUACUAAAGGAGUUCCUCCAGACUGGACCAUCACCAGGAUAGAGCACUCCAAGCUUUUGGACUGAGGUGGUGUUGAAAGGAAAAUAGUCACAGCUCAAGAUUAUCCACAAGGGGGGAGUGAGACUCAGCUCCUCAACAAAAAGGACUAAGUUGGAUUUAUCCACAAUUUACUUAAGCAAAGACACAGGAGCCAAUCACAGCCGCUCUACUAAAUACCACCUUGAACUCCUGAUUUAUUUCCUCGCUCUUUCAUGACAUAGAAAUUAGAGAUUCAAGCCUGAUUAGGCUUGUAACCCCUGCUCUCAAAAGUCGAACACUUUCAGGAAGAAAGUGUUAUCUUCCAGUUAACAGUCAUGUGAUCCCAGAUGUGUGGGGUCUUCAGACAGAUUAACAGCGACCAGCUGAUUUGAAAUGAACACAUUGUGAUGGUGCUGAUGCGAUAAAUGUCUCCCAGCUCAAUCUGACCUGAGUCUGACGAAGUGACUGAAACCACUGAGAUUUUUUAAAUCUUUUUUCAGUCUUAGAUCUGCUGCUGUGUAUUCUCAUUUUAAAAGCUGAACACAUUAUGAGAUUAAACACUUCAUGUGAAAUCGUUCCUGAGGGAAAACACUCACUGUUUUUCAGAGAAGACCGACCGACAUCUGCUUCUGUAACUGUGGAGCUGCGAUCAGGAUGUACGUUGCGUUUUUUUGUUUUUUGUCUCUGAUUUAUUUCCUGACCCGUUGCCUUCUGGAGUUUUUGGAGUAUGUACCUGCUGUACAUGUGUCUCUGAUGGUUAAGGCAGCUUCACGAAGCUCCAGCAGACUCUUCGGUUUUAUUAAAGAUUUAAGGAAUGAAGUGUGUGCUGCUCCUGUGCAGUUUAUGACACGUUUGUUGUUAUAUAUGAUGACAGCGUGUUUGUGGAUGUUCUAAGUUUAAAAAAAAUAAAUAAAACUAUUGGA